ACUAUCGCAGAACCAAUCGAUCAGCUUCUCCGCAUUUCUGUCUAUCUUUAGCACCGGAUCAACAGGAACAGUCACACUCGCGCUCGAGGUCGAAGAACCUCAUCAAUUGCAUUCUAUUUUCCUUUCCUCCUGUCCUCCAGCCAGAACCACAGAAAGUGAUGAUAUAGACCUCAUCAAAAACCUCCUUUCGCACACCUCACACCUCAAACCACAAACACCUCAAACCCACCACAAAAUCCAACGAAAAAUGCUCUCCUCACUCUUCAACCGCAACCAAGAACAACAACCCACCUCUCCUCCUCAAGAAACCCCCUCCUCUUCCACGUCCUCCGCUUCAUCAGAUCACCCCCCAAAACCCUCUGAUGAACCCCUCCCCGAACUCCGCUUCAUCAAACCCAACACAAAAUACAAGCUCCUCCUGGGCGGUCUCGCCUUCUUCACAUUCUCGCUAAUAACGACCCGCCGCGCCCUAAACAAGCGGUUCCUCGCGCAGAUCCCCCCCUUCUACACGAGUUCCGUGCUUCAUCGCCCCAACGUCAACGGCGGGAUGGAGGCCUUCGAGGCGCUGAACCUGGCGACGUUGAAUGUGAUCUCGUUUGGGAUGGUCGGGAGCGGUGCGGCGAUGGUGGCGUUGGAUAUUAAUCGGAUCGAGGAUAUGCAGCGGUUUGUGAGACGGGGGUUUAAUGUUGAUGGUGGGGAGGUGACGAAGACGGAUCAGGAGUUGGAGGAGGAGGUGGCGGAGUGGGUGGGGAGUGUGUUGGGGAAGAAGUUUGAGAAGGAGGUGAGGAAGGAGCAGCAGGAAGGGAAGAGUGCUGCUGUUGUGAAGGAGGAGAAUUGA